CAAAGAAGAAGAAGAAGCAGAAGAAGUAGAAGAAGAAGAAGCAGAGCAGCUACUGCAGACUUAUUUUUAUAUUUAAAUAUGUUUUCCCCUUCUUGUUCAGUAGGUUUACUAUCAGCCCUAGUAAAAUUGACCACCCAGUGCUAAGCCCUACCAUUAGCGGUGUGCUGGUUGAUACAGCAGAGCUAGCUCCACUGCUAACUUAGCUUAGCUUCUUCUGGUGUGUUGCUAACUCUACUUAGCUUAGUUAACCAGCCUUACAAGUGUGUUAAGUAAGCUUAGUCUGCAAGAGGUAACAGUCCACAUCAAGCGCGUCUACAUUAUAGAGCAUGGCGCUCAAGUCGGGAGAGGAGCGUCUGAAAGAGAUGGAGGCUGAGAUGGCUCUUUUUGAGCAGGAGGUCCUCGGUGGUCCGGUGGCAGUAUCGGGGAGCCCCCUUGUGACGGGGGAGGGAAUACCUGUAGCUCUCUCUGUCCCAGUAAUGCGAGCCAUUAUUGGCACCAACACCUACAGUCAGGUCCAGCAGACAUUAGAUGCCAGAGCUGCUACUUUUGUUGGUCCUCCCCCGGUGUUUGCCGGUCCAGUCCCUCCGAUGCGUCCUCCCAUGCUGAGACCGGCCUUUGUCCCUCAUAUCCUGCAUAGACCUGUUGGUCAGAGGAUGCCGAUGAUGCGGGGUCCUCCAAUGGCACCUCCUAUGCCCCGGCCUCCUCCUCCUCCUCCCAUGAUGAUGCCUCCUUCCAUGCAGGGCCCAUCACCUCAGGGCGCUCCUCAGCCCAUCCAACACAUGGCUGCCCCCCCUCAGGUCCGUGAUAUGGUCUCCAUGGGGUCAGCUCCGCCCAUAAGACAGGGACCCCCGCCUCCCAUCAAACCCACCCCAUCAAUUAUCCAGGCGGCACCGACCGUGUACUCUGCUCCACCCACCCCCGCUGCACAGAAAAGGAUUGAUGUCAGAGCUCAGAGACAGGCCAGAAUGGAGGAGCUGGCAGCGCGGGUUGCAGAGCAGCAGGCAGCAGUGAUGGCAGCCGGUCUACUGGACAAGAAGGACCGUGAAGACAGCAGCACGGUUAUCGGACCCAGCAUGCCUGAGCCCGAGCCCCCCCACAAUGAGCCUGUAGAAAGUGCUACAGAGGACAAGAAGCGAGGGAAGUCGGAGAAGGUGAAGAAGUGUAUCCGUACGGCAGCAGGAACCAGCUGGGAAGACGCCAGUCUGCUGGACUGGGAAUCAGAUGAUUUCCGUAUAUUUUGCGGUGAUCUUGGCAAUGAGGUGAAUGAUGACAUAUUGGCCAGAGCCUUCAGCAGAUACCCGUCUUUCCUCAAAGCGAAGGUGGUGAGAGACAAACGAACAGGCAAGACUAAAGGCUACGGCUUCGUCAGCUUCAAAGAUCCCAACGACUACGUCAGAGCCAUGAGAGAGAUGAACGGGAAGUACGUCGGCAGUCGUCCCAUCAAACUGAGGAAGAGCAUGUGGAGGGACCGCAACAUGGAAACGGUACGCAAGAAGCAGAAAGAGAAGAAGAAGCUGGGCCUCCGGUAGAGACUGUGUGUGCUGCUCAGUGUACAAGUAUGACAUUGUAAAUGCUUUUACUCUUUUUUUUUUUCAUUAAAUAAAACCAUUUCUUAGUUCUUGAUAUGGUCACUUUCAA